GUCCUGUCCCGUCCGCUCGCUCGUCACAUUGGGCCUAGCAGGUUGGCUCUAGUGGCGCAGUCUGGGCACUUGGGCAACCAGCGCACGCGACCAGGCACCAAAUUUGGCAAGUGCGGAAACCAAGCCGUUGGUGCUGGCCAGACAGGCCAGAGGGAAUUGGAUUGGGAUGCAUUUUUCGAUCCAGGCACCCGGUCUGCCACUCCAGCCUCAACGGCCGGGUUGGAUCCCCCUGAGCCCCCCUGGCAGCCCUGGGGGAACCAACUGCAGGUCAGCACAGGGCUAGCAGGGCUAGCCGGGCUACUGCACCUAGACAGCCGCUGUUACGUGAGUGCUCCGUACUUUGUGGACGGGCCAAGUAGCUGGCCAAGGUUCGAGAAACGAGGUUCGUUUGGGCGACUGGGCUGUGGCCAACCUCGAGCCCGGCCCUCCACCCAUCCAAAACACCCUGGCCCACGUCUGGGGGCAGCACGCGACACAUUCCCUCAAGUAACAAUUUCUUUGACAUGCUCGGGGCGGAUCUACAUUUGGACAUGACUUACGGUGGGUACCCCUACCUUUGUCCUGAUCCUGCUGCUCCUGUUCUUGUUCAUCUGCAAGCGUCCUCCCCAUGGCAUCGUCCUCCUCGUUCCCUUUGAUCUGUGUUACGUUUUCCUGCAUGGAGGCCAUACUGGUUCUCGGGCGUUAUCGAUCGUGAUGUCUCUUCAGAGGUCGACAUCAUUCCUUUUUGCUCUUUUCUUCAUAUCCGUCGCCUCUACCAAGCUGCUGCACCUGGCACUGCACCUCGGCACCAUACCCAUCUACGCCUUCUUUCUGUACCUCCCCACCUUUUUCAUUCCAGAUGCCGCCCUCCUGAUCAUCACCCGGUUGUUGCUGCGAAGGGAGCGAGGCGUUAUUUCCUUUAUUGGUCUGCUUUUGGGGGUUUUUAUAUCGUGUAUCACAUAUGUUGCAGCAUCAUGCCAGAUUGGUUUCUUCACCAGAACGGGCGCAGACAUCCAGUGGUCGGCCGCCCGCACGGUCGCAAAGGAUAAAGAUGGAGUCGCUGUUCUCCUCAGCGAAAGCUCGAGCGUGCUCAUAGCAGCAGCUAUAAUAUUUGGCUUGGCAUUGUUCUCUCAUUCCUGGCUCUAUGAAGUGUCUGGGAAUAUCCUGAGGACUCUGGCAGGCCUCUGGCGUGCGACGUAUAAGCGGGACCCAGGCUCUACCCAGUCGAAAGAACGAGUUGCCGACCUUGAACACUCCCUUGACGAUAGUUAUUCGGAUUCGGACGAGACGAUUGUAUGGUCGGAAGGCGAGAGCUUCUUCGGCCGGGGGAAAGCAGAGGAGCAGCCCGUGGGGUUCUUUGGCCGUUUGCGCGCCUCGCUGAACAGAAGACUGAAAAGGAUCCCUCAGUGGAUGGUGCUACCCGCCACGGCGUCUGUCCUGGUAGUCUUACUGCUGACAAGGCCCUCCAAACCGUACAACCACAUAUCGACGACACUGCCGCUUCCGCUCUUGACCCUCGUCAGCUUCACGUUCGAGCCCUUCAGCCCAUGUGGUCCAGGAGAACGCCUAAUCGAAAACGAAUGGCCAUUACCGGAACUUAUUAGCAAGGCCCACUGGAAGCCAGCCCAUGAUAGCUUCAAGGGAUGGGCUCCAGGAGGAAUGAGCCCCCUGAUCGAGGAGUACCGGCAUAGGAUACCCGACUGGCUGCCAGUGCCAAUCCCGCCCGCAUUUGCUCGGUGGAACUCUACUGAGCCCGCAGAGGAGACGUUGUCGGUAAUCGAGAGGCCAAACGGGACCACGGCCGAUGCAAAUGGCACGACUAUGGCCUGUGGGCCGAUUCUCACGCGGCAGGCCGACUACAACCCUGUUGACGACCCCCUCCGGAUAACCAAUCUUGAUCAGGAUCCAAUUGAGCCCCUGCGAGUUGCACUGAAGGAUGGGAACGUGACCAUAAAGCACGUCGUUAUGAUCCAGAUGGAGUCGAUGCGCGAGGAAUUGUUCCCCUUGCAACAAGGGUCGCUGUGGCACAAGAUGAUUCUGGAGUCCCACCCCGAAGAGGAUCGUGACCAGGUCAACGAGAAAUUGUCGAAACUUACACCCAACUCCGAAAGGAUCACAGGCAAAGCUGGUGGAUUCACGAACUCGGCAGGCCAGCCUAUCGUCAGAGAUGAGGAGCCUCCGAGCUGGGCCACUUCCGUAGCAGAAGGGUUUGGCGGUCUCAACGUCGUUGGCGCGUUUACGGGAAGUUCUGUCUCAACAAAGUCCGUUGUCGGAAGCCAUUGUGGUGUUUGGCCCAUGGCCGUUGACGGCCUCGAAGAAUCCGAGAGCCAAGUGUAUCAGCCCUGUCUGCCGCAUCUGUUCGACAUGUUAUCCAGCAAGAAGAUCAACAAUACCGAUCUAGACAAGGGUGACAUGCGAAGCAGGCCAUGGGACCAUGGAUACUUCCAGGCUGUAACGGAUGACUACGAUCGACAAAACAUCAUGAACGACGAGAUGGGCUUCAGGGAUGUUGUGUCCAGGAAGACGUUACAGAAGGACGCCAAGAAUACCCCCGGGAUGGUGGAGCUGAACUACUUCGGAUAUGCAGAGACAUACUUGAAGCCGCACUUUGAUAAAUUUAUCGACCGAGCUCUUGUCAACGACACGAGGAUGUUCUUGAGCCAUUUCACCUCGACAACCCACCACCCUUGGAAGACACCCGCUGACUGGGCCACGGUCCGGUAUAUGGGCAAGAGCCACGGCGGAGUCAGCCACUUCGACUUCAACCAGUACUUGAACGCCAUCGCCUACCACGACGCAUGGCUUGGACAAAUGAUGCAGAUGAUCGAAGACAAGGGCAUCGCCAACGAGACCCUGGUGGUAUUUGUCGGGGAUCACGGCCAGGCCUUUCUCGAGGACACAUCGGUGACGGGCACGCUGGACAAUGCGCACGUAUCCAACUUCCGCGUGCCCAUCACGUUUCGGCACCCACACCUACCGCGCGUGCAGUACGAGGCCAACGCCACGUCCAUCAGCAUCCUCCCCACGAUCCUGGACCUGCUCGCGAGCACGGGGUCACUGAACGAGGAGGAUAGCAGGGCAGCGGUCGAUCUCGCCAACGACUACGAGGGCCAGUCACUCAUCAGGCCUUACAAGACACACGAGGGCGGCCGACGGGCGUGGAACUUUGGCGUGGUCAACCUGGGCGGCAGCGUGCUGACCGUCACGUCGGCUGACGCGCCGUGGAGGCUGGUGCUGCCGGUGGAGGCGAAGAACUCGAUAGAGUACCAGAUGUCGGACCUGCGGGCCGACCCUCUGGAGGUGGACCCGAUCAAGGGCUGGGACAUGGUGCACCUGAUCCUGGAUGCCCGCAAUAAAUACGGGAAAGAGGCCGCGACCUGGGCGGACGAGGCCGAGAAGGUGGCGCGGUGGUGGAUGCUGGAACGAAAGAGGCUUUGGAAAUACCAGUCCUCCAAAUAGAGAUUUAGACUAUGCGAGCAAUUACUUGUAUGAUUUUUGAAUGAUAUCACCUAUGCCCACGAG